AUGUACGCCUCUGCGCUGGCGGCUCGCAGGGCCGGCGUGGCGGCCGAGCUGGAGCGCGACCGCGAGCGGGCGGUGGAGUGCUACUUGGAGGCUGGCCGGAGGCUGGCCGAAGCGCGCGACGCGCGCUUCAAGAGCGCAUGGUCGCGCGGCGAGCAGGACGAGGGUUCCGACCUGCGAGCACUGCAGCUCGAGGCCGAGGCGCGGGCCGAGUACCUCUUGAGGCUCGACGUGUCCACGCGGGCGUGCCCGACAGCAGAGCACCUGUCCGAGUGGCCCGAGGACGGGAUGUCGGCCUGGCAGGGCGCGGCGUGCGCCGGCGCGGCGCUGGGCGCGCUGGCGGGUGGCGUGCCUCUGGCCCUCUGCGCCGCGGCGGGCGCCGCCUGGUCGGCCAGCAGCAACCCGGAAGGCGCCGCCGCCCUGGCCGGACAGGCCACGAGCGAGGCGGUCGGCGCCGCCAGGAUUUUCGACGACCGCCACGACGUCUCUGGCCAGGCCUGGAGAUUCGCGUCGCAGGCGGCAGAAACAGCCAGAAGUGUGGACCAGGAGUACGACGCAUCGGGCUGCGCGCUUCGAGCAGGCAGUGCAGCCCUCGAAGGAGCAAGACGCGCCGACCGCGAGUACGACUUGACCGGCAAGGUGUGGAGUGGCGCUGGCGCCGUCGCGGGCGGCCUGUGGUCGCUCGCUGGCGCGGGCGCGUCCAUGCUCCGGCGUUGA